AUGACCGUUGACCAUGUGGUACCUGCAAGUACAGAUGAGUCGGUGCUCAAGGAAGAAUAUUUAUCUGAAGAAACUCUAGAGCAACAGAUCCUUGCUUUCCCCAUAUACCAGCACUUUGUUGACUUGUUUCAAAAGUUUACUUCAACAAACACCAAAACCCUUGACGUAGUGGAGCGAUUAUAUCCCAACUUCACGGGUGCUACGUUAUCAGGUCCACACAAGAUUGCUUAUCGGUCACAAACUUUAUACUUUAUUGACGACUACCAUUUUCAGUUUAAUGAGAUUACCGAGCCUGACAAUGAUCAUGACAACUAUUCAAUAACGUUUUUGCAACUAGGUGACUUGUUGUCGGGACACAAGGGAAUCGUUCAUGGAGGAUUACUCGCUACUUUGCUCGACGAGUUGACGUGUCGUGUGGGGUUCCUCAAUUUUGAGAAUAGGCGUGGUGUUACGGCCAAUUUGAAUAUUAAUUACAAAAAACCAACAAGGGUCGAGUCUUGGGUAUGUAUCAAAUGUACCGUGUUGAAGAAAAUCGGAAGGAAGUGUUGGGUCAAGGGGGAAGUCUACUUGAUUGAUAAAUCAAAGAGGUCUUUGGAAGAUUGUGACUUGUUGACCACAUGUGAGGUUUUGAUCGUAGAGCCAAAAUGGGUUGACCAGUUGAAACACUAA